AUGAAUCACUAUUUGUUACUCAUUCUAUCCUCUUUUCUUCUCUUACAUCAUUGUCUUGCUAUUCGGAAUUCAAAUGAAGAUCGUCAUAGAUAUGGUGAUCUAAACCCUGAGGAAUAUGAUAAGCCUGGAUCUCUGAUUGAUGCUGAUAUUCUGGAAAUGUUAAAACUUAUGACACCGGAUGAAAAAAUUGGACAAAUGAUCCAACUCAAUCAAGAUGUUAUCUUUCUUCAAGAUGGCACGUUAAAUCAUACGGCAGUAAAGUAUUAUGCUGAAACUUUUUAUGUUGGUUCCUAUUUAAACCAAUUAUCUAGUAAUGGAAUUCUUUUUAAUGCUUCUAAAUAUGCUGAUUUGAUUGAAGAAAUUCAAGAAAUAACACUAUCAGUAAAUUCCACUUUCAAGAUUCCUAUAAUUUAUGGUUUAGAUAAUAUUCAUGGUGCUCAUUACAUAGCUAAUAGUACACUAUUUCCCCAUGGAAUCAACAUUGCAGCCACUUUUAAUCCACGAUUAGCCUAUGAAUCAUCUGUCAUCACUGCAAGAGAGACUCGUGCUUCAGGUGUACACUGGACUUUUGCACCCGUUAUUGAUAUUCCUGUCAGUAAACAAUGGCCACGCGUAUUCGAAAAUUUUGGUGAGGAUCCACAUCUAUCAUCUGUUCUUGGUGUAGCCUCUAUUCGAGGUUAUCAAGGACGUUAUAAAUCCGACCGUUCUAAAGUAGCAGCUUGUAUGAAACAUUUUAUCGCCUAUGGGGCACCGUAUAGUGGUCAAGACCGAGACACGGUCAUGAUCUCGGAACGUACGAUUUACGAUUAUUUUGUUCCUGGAUUUAGGGCAGCUAUUGAUGCUGGUGUUGCAACUGCUAUGGAAAGUUACAAUGAUAUUAAUGGGGAACCUGUAGUAGGUUCAGAGAGGUAUCUACGCAAGAUGCUUCGGGAGGAAUUAGGAUAUAAAGGCAUGUUAAUCACAGAUUGGCAAGAGAUAUAUAACUUGCAUGAACAUCACAGGGUAGCUGCUACAUUAAAGGAGGCCGUUCAGAUUGCGAUCACAAAAACGAGUAUUGAUAUGACUAUGGUCCCAUUUGACGCUGAAUCAUUUUUCACUGCCUUUAAGAGUCUUCUCGCGGAGGGUGUGAUCUCGAUGGAUCGUUUGGAUGAAUCUGCUGGUCGUUUACUACAGUUGAAAAAGGAUUUAGGCCUGUUGGAGACAGAAGGCUGGAAGGUGGAUAGAGAAUUACAAUCCUAUAAUCAAAAUAUAAAUGAUAUCAGCCUCUCACUUCAGGCAGCUCGAGAGUCGAUUACACUACUCAAAAACGAAAACAGGACAUUGCCCUUACUAAAUAAGAAUAUAACUCGUAUUUUAGUAGUUGGGCCUAUGGGUAAUGAUAUAGGUCAUCUUGCAGGUGGAUGGACCAUAUUUUGGCAAGGUCCUACUGAAGAUAAAUGGCAUGGAGACAUUAAUGAUGAACAAUUUUAUGGUAAUGGUAUCACAAUUCUAGAAGGUAUUAAGAACUCAGCACCUGAAGAUGUUUAUAUUGAAUACCUCAAAGGAUUCGAUGUCCAUGGUAUAGAUCAAGAUAUGGAUUUAGUUCUUGAGGAAGUAAAGAAUUUUGAUGCUGUCAUUGUUUGUAUUGGAGAACAUGUAUAUUCAGAAAUGCCAGGAAAUAUUCAUGAUUUGAGUUUACCAGAGGGACAAAUCGAACACGUUCAAAGACUUUCUAAAGUAAUGGAUAAUAAACCCUUGGUCACAGUUCUUUUAGAGGGAAGGCCUCGUGUACUAGGCUCAGUGGAUACUAAUUCAGAUGCCAUCUUGCUAGCUUACCUACCAGGUCCGUGGGGAGGUCAAGCAAUUGGUGAAGUCUUAUUUGGGAUUACAAAUCCUUCAGGUCGUCUCCCAUACACUUAUCCAAAGCAUUCAGGAGAUAUCAACUUAAACUAUUGGAGGCCCGUCAGCGAUGUUUGGGACCCUCUCUAUGAAUUUGGACAUGGUCUAAGCUAUUCACAAUUUAUAUACAGCAAUAUUACCCUUGAUGGCGACCAUCAGGAGUCGGCUAUCUUGUUUACAGGUGACACUGAAAAGGAAAUUUCUGUAAAUAUCACAAACAUAAGCCCAAUCAAUGGUAUGGAGACUGUCUUGAUGUUUAUCCAACAGCCUUUCCGUACCGUCACACCCCCAGCUAAACUUUUGAAAGGCUUUCAAAAAGUAUUCGUGAGAGCUCAUGAGACGGUCAUGGUAAGAUUUAUGAUAAAUGCUGAUUUAUUUCGAUAUACAGGAUUAGAUGGCAUUCCCGAUGGUACAGUGGAUAAUGGACUUGCAAGAAUUUUAAUACAAGAUCAACAACUUGAAUUUCAAAUUAUCAAUAAAUAA